AUGGAGGCGGACGGUGAACGCCACGCCGCGUCUUCAAUGGCAACGGGGGCGGAUCUCGUGACAAUAAUGGUCUCGCAAGAGGAGGAGGAGGAGGGAGAAGAGCACCAACAGGGCCUUAUUGAAGAGGAAGAGGCAGAAUACGUUCUGAAGGGGCAGCACGAACAUCAGACUCCAUGGGAUCGCCUGUACGAGGAAAGGCUGCGUCGAAAGGCAAGACAGUUAAAUAUGAACAAGAAGGCGACUGCCGAUCGCGUGGCGCGCGAAAUGUUGGAAGAGCAGCAGUUGCAGCAGCAGCAGCCACUAGCUGCGGGUAUGGGUUGCGGUAGCACCUGUUCAAAUGGCUUUGUUGAGCGGCAGCAAGAGUGGCUGGCGGAGAGGGAGGAGCGUAUCCGUCAGCUACGAGAGGCGGCGGAGUUAGCUGAGCUGCGGAAGUUGCAGCCGCCCGCAAUUAACGAAGCCUCAGAGAAGAUGGCCAUGCGUGCGGGACACGAAGGGCCGAUUCGUGCAUGGGAGGCACAUUUCGCAAGAUACGCGCUGCGGUCAGCGGCCAACCGAUUCAUCCCAGCACAUACGUUUCGACCAAACAUCAACCUGAACGCCCAACGCCAUGGGAAUUCUGACACAGACGUCAGUGAACGUCUAUAUGCCAACAAUAUGGAGAGGCAGAGGCGACUGCGCGAGUUGGUGAAGAAGUGCAGGCAAGAUGAGCUCAUCGACAGCUGUACAGGCCAGUCGUUCUUCAAGCCGAAAUCCCCGUGGAAGACGGAGGUGGCGAAGAGCGGUGACCAAAGUGGCCGCAGUGCAGCCGAAGUGACAGAGACGCUCUAUAUUGAGGCACAGGAGCGGCAGAAACGCUACCAGGCGUUGCUGGAACAGACGAAAGGGGAAAAUGCCUUCGCGCCGGAGAUCAGUGAAGCAUCGCGGAAAAUGGCGGAAAGCCGGAAGGCGCGCAGAGAACAGCCACAAGAAGUACAUCCCCAACCCACCACUCCCCCGAAAAAAAAGAAAUCAAAGAUGAACCUGGACGGGUUUCUCUCACGUGGAGAUGCCCUAUUAUCGCGGCGGCAGAAAAGGUUGGAGGAGGUGGAGCGCGAGCUUCUUGAGAAGGAGAUGAAGGAGUGCACCUUCAACCCCCGUAUAAGCCGAAGAAGUGUGGAGAUUUUCGAGGGCUCCCAGUGGCGCCACAGCAGCCUCUCCCCGCAGCAGGAGAGAGCGCGGUCACACACCAUAAGCCAGAUUCCACCCUCACCCGAAACAGGAUUGGACAGGUACGAUGCGAGCGGUGCUGUGGAUGAUGUCCCACCGCCGUCGCUGUAUGAUACCAGAGCGCCACUUGAUGAUAGCAUUAGGAACGCCGUCGACAAUGACGGAUCGCGGCUUAUCGGGGAAUUUGAAGAAAAAAUGAGAGCACUAAUAGAUGAGUGGCGAAGUCUCGAGCAUGUGCAACCGUAG